GUUUUAUAGAAAAUGUUGAAUGUGGCGCCUUCCUCAUUUCUUAAUCCUAAAAGCGAAUAAUCCACCAAUUUCUUGUCGAGUCGGGUCAAUUUUUCAUUUCUUUAAUCUUCAUUUUUCAUACCCUCUCGGCUCUCCGUAUUCAACUUUCGAAUCGUUUGUCUUCUUCCAUUCUCCUAAAAUACGUACAGAUUCUGUAUAUACAACGCUAACAAUUAACUCAAAUUCAGACGAGCCAGCCAUCUUCACCAGUGCAACUGUGCCAGUUCACUCCACUUCCUGGUUCUGCAUUCGUGCAGAUGCAGCUCUACGAGGAGAAGCACAACAACCUUCAUCUUUGCUUCUUUGACGAAACUUGAAGAAUAUGUUCAUCAAUCCAAUCCAAGCUAAUAAAAAGAAACCCAAAUUGCGAACAAGACAAGGGGUUGAAAUCUUUUACGAAUAAUUUUCGUUAAAUCCGUGCUUUGUGGGCACCCAAUUAACGCAAUUUUCUGCAUUUGUGUUGUGAUCUAGUCUAAAAAUUUCAUAGAACACAAAGAAUAAAACGGCGAAGAAAGUAAAUUUGAAAGGCCAUGAGUUGUUUUCUUGAUUGGAUUGGAAUCGCAGUUUGUGGGAAAGACUGUGAUGUAAACCUUUCCCUUUUCCUGAUGGGUUUAAUGUGUUUUGAAUCUUUUGAUAUUAUGUUUGACUUCCGGUUUCGAGAUGUGGGAAUGUUUUUUAUCUGACACCCAUUUAAUUUAACAGAAAGGAACUAAUUAUUUGGUUUAAUUUUUGGCAACUGUGUGAGCUUUUGAUUUUCUUGUUUAUUGCGUGGAAUGUGGAUAGGGAGAAAGGUAAGAAUAUUUCUUAUUUCUAUUCUAUAUUUUUUUUUCGUUCAGCGAUUUUUUAUUGAUGUGAAUUUUAAGGCCCUAGGGUUCACUUUUCGGGCUCCAGUCUUCUAUCGCAACCCCAAUUUUUCCCCCUUUCGUAUGAUUUUUAGGGGUUACGUGCUCGGUCUUGUCUUUUUCGUCGAUUUUUCUUCAUCUCAUCUUGCUGGGUGUUUAAAUUUUCUUGCUUUUUCUCAUUCGCUUGGUGGGUUCUUUGGUUUUUGUUGUCCGAAGCGCUGAAUUUCCGUUCGCUCCUUCUGUUGGUGACCUGGUUUGUUUAAUUUUGAGGUUUUCCCAUAUGGGUUUUGCUUUGGAGCUUUGAUUAUGAUGGUUUGUUUCUCUUUUAUGAAUCCUUGAAGCGCUUUUGCUCAACAGCAGCUGAAUAUAUGCUUUGCUCUUGCAGUACUUGUUGUUCACUGUUGAAGAUUAUUAACAGAUAGGGUUUGGGUUCUAAGUAAGUCCUGCAUUCAGUUUUGCUGAAAUUUUGUGCUGAAGUGGGUGAUUUUUAGGGUUUAAUUGUUGGUCCGGUAAGAAUUAAAAGUUCCGGACGGCUGUGAUUUUGAUCUUAAAGCCCGUCCUCCUGAAGGGCUUUAGGAUGAUGGCAUUGUUUCAAACUCAGAAUGAAAAUUCAGGUUUUUUAGUUUUAUGUCAUGACAUAUGGGUAUUGGUCUCUGUUCUAGCGAAUGUUUGUGUUCUAAUGGUUUCACAAGCAAGUUGAAAGAUCUCAUUGCUUGAGGAAGUUCGCUUAAUGCAAUUUUCUCCCGCUUCUUCUUGUAAACGAUGCUUCAUUCAGUAGUAGCUGCUAGACAAACUUGUAGCCUACUUGCUGUCACCUGCGGAAAUGUACCUAAAGUACAAUGUGAGGAGGAAAUUGAUGAGGAUAAGUUAAAAUAUCCAUUUCCUGAUUUAGUUUCUUCCGGACGAUUGGAGGUUCGGGUUUUGGCAAAUCCAAGCAAGGAUGAAUUUAGUAGAAUUGUGGAAUCAUGGCUGCCGAGCUUUGUCUACUUGCAAGGGGAACAACUUGGAAGUGACGAAAUUGGCUCCUUGGUUUGGAAUGGUGUUGAUUUGUCUCUUGAAGAUUUAUGUGGACUAUUCAAUACUGCACUACCAACCAUUGUGUAUCUAGAAAUCCCAAAUGGAGGCAGAAUUGCGGAGGCUCUUCAUUCUAAGGGAAUUCCUUAUCUCAUGUAUUGGAACAGCACAUUUUCAUCUUAUGCUGCAGCUCAUUUUCGUAAUGCGUUGCUUUCAGUGGUGCAGAGUUCAUCUACUCAUACAUGGGAUGCUUUUCAGCUUGCGCGUGCUGCUUUUAGGCUUUAUUGUGUGGGGAGCAAUUAUGAUCUGACUGUGAUUGCUGAUGACAAUAUGAUGCUUGAUCUAGAGCCACAGCUUAUUGGGGAACCCCUAAAGAUUGAUGUAGAACCACCUGAGGUAGAGGUAGGUGAAGGUGAAGAUGAAGAUGGUUCUUUAGAAGCCCUCCCAGCCAUAAGUAUUCAUGAUAAUAAUGUGACCAUGAGAUUUCUUAUCUGUGGAUUGCCUUGCACACCGGAUGCCUGCUUAUUGAGAUCAUUGGAGGACGGCCUUAAUGCACUUUUGAAGAUUGAAAUACGUGGGAGUAAACUUCAGGGAAAGUUCAGUGCUCCUCCACCACCUCUUCAAGCGGGAUCUUUUUCUCGUGGAGUUGUGACAAUGCGAUGUGAUAUAGUGACUUGUAGUUCAGCCCACAUCUCAAUUUUGGUGUCUGGUAGUGCUCAUACUUGUUUUGAUGAUCAGCUCCUGGAGAAACAUAUCAAACACGAAAUCAUAGAAAAUAGCCAAUUAGUUCAUGCCAUACAUGACUGUGAAGGCAACAAGCAUCACGUGCACGAGCCUCGUAAAUCUGCUUCAAUUGCAUGUGGGGCAGCAGUAUUUGAGGUUUCCAUGAAGGUUCCUGCUUGGGCAUCACAGGUCUUGAGGCAACUUGCACCUGAUAUCUCAUAUCGGAGUUUAGUUGCACUCGGCAUUGGGGGAGUUCAGGGUUUACCUGUUGCUUCUUUUGAGAAAGAGGAUGCUGAGCGACUGCUCUUCUUUUGCUCAGGGGAUUGGAAUGAUAAACAUUCAGAGCAGUUGCUUGUAAGUGUAUUACCCAGCUGGUUUAAGCCACCUACUCCUAGUAGAAGGAGAGUAGAACCAAGCCAAGGAAUGAGGAAUAGUCUUUCACAUGACAGUCUUUCAUAUGCAAACAUCCCUGCCAUUAGAAGAGUAGGUAGAGAGGACCCUGUACCAAUGAAUGGGUUCAAGGCAUCCUUACACCCAGCGAGGAAAAAAUUAAAAGUAGCCUCCAUGAGGCCUGUUCCACGAUUGCAUAGGAAUAAAAUAUCACCUUUUGCUGGAUUGACUGAAGUAGAUGGGAACAAUGGAGGCCUAUCCAAGGCUAGUUUAUCUGUUGUUACCCUGCCAAAGCAUGUAACUGUAGGAUCAACUUCUGCGACACACAGAAAAUCUUUUUCAAGCUCAUCUCAGUCUAAGCAGAUUAUUUCCUUAAACCCACUGCCUCUGAAGAAGCAUGGUUGUGGAAGAAACCCAAUUCAAGAUUGCUCAGAGGAGGAGUUCUUGAAAGAUGUUAUGGAGUUUUUACUACUUAGAGGACAUACACGACUUAUUCCUCAAGGUGGACUUGAGGAGUUUCCGGAUGCCAUACUCAAUGGGAAGCGUCUUGACCUCUAUAACUUGUAUAAAGAGGUGGUCACCCGAGGAGGCUUUCACGUGGGCAAUGGUAUCAACUGGAAGGGGCAGAUCUUCUCUAAGAUGCACAAUUAUACAAUGACCAAUAGAAUGACUGGUGUUGGAAAUACACUGAAAAGACAUUAUGAGACUUACCUUCUAGAAUAUGAAUUGGCUCAUGAUGAUGUAGAUGGAGAAUGCUGUCUUUUGUGCCACAGUAGUGCAGCAGGGGACUGGGUGAACUGUGGUAUUUGUGGUGAAUGGGCUCAUUUUGGGUGUGAUCGAAGGCAGGGCCUAGGAGCAUUUAAGGAUUAUGCCAAAACAGAUGGGCUAGAGUAUGUUUGUCCACAUUGUAGUAUUACAACUUACAAGAAGAAACCACACCGAGUAGCAAAUGGGUCUCCGCAAGGAAUAACAAAUCCACGGAUACCUUGAUUCAGUUUUGGCCUUCCCAUCUCGAGGUUUCGGCUGCGUUGUUUUUAUUUGUCUUUUUGCCUAUUCUUAUUCUACACGAGAAAUUAUUUGUUCCAUCGGCUUGUAGAUGAGUUUUGAUUGAGGUGGUGUGCUGCUAAACCCAUUAGCUGAAGAUUUAUGAGACUGAGGAUGAAAACUCGGAAGUGAAGAAAAGAGGUAAAGAGUAGAGCACACAAAGAGGACUUCAUCAUAGGUUCUUUUUUGACCUCUUCUUUAUUUAGGUAAUAGUUUAGGAGUAAAGUUAGCAGCAGCAUGGCAGUUAACUUUAGUAGGAACAGGGUGCUGUAAAAUACUUCUAUUCUUGUAGCUAAGCCAUGACUGAUGUAUUUUAAUGAAGAUAUCUAAUUUACCAUUUUUUUUGUA